GAUAAUGUAUUGAAAUACUUGGAAUUUAUUUUGCAUUAUAUGGAAUGUGGAGGAACUGGAGAUUUUGUAAAUUUAUAGUAAGUGCUUUAACUAGAUCCACUGAACUUUUCUUGGUGGAUGACAUGAUUCGUUUUUAGGAUUGCCUUGUUUUAGAUGUAAUAGUAUUAUUAGUCUAUUUUGAAAUUUUUGUUUGAUUUUUUUUCAUUUGUAGCUCUUAUGGCUUCUUGCUUCAACAUAUUUUAUGUGAUCUGAGUGCAAGUUAUAUUGGCUGCUAAUGACUUACCUUCCAUCAAUGAUGUGACUUACUCUGACCUAAUUGAAAUUAUACCAAAGUUAAAGGAUGAAGAAGGACGUCUCACGGGUGUCAGUACUUCAAAUCUUCUAAUUGCCAACUCCAGAAAUGAUUUACCUGGUGUCACAAGAACUUGCAUACCUUGCUAAUGAUGUAGAUCUUGUCAUGUUAGAAGGGAUGGCUCUGAUUCAGUUCAUUGAUGCUGAGACCACUUCUUCAGUUAGGGAUGCGCUGGAUGGAAGAAGCAUACCAAGAUACCUGCUUCCAGCCCAUGGAGGUUCUUGUAACUUGCGAAUUUCAUAUUCCGCACAUAAAGAUAUGAAUAUCAAAAUUCAGUCAAAUCGCAGCAAGUAAUGAUGGUAGUAUAGACAACUAUCAUAUAUUAUUCUUCAGAUUUUAUCAUUGGUUUUUCCUUAGAAACUCAAACAAAUUGUGAAAGCUAUUGUAUUUUACUUUUUGCGGUGUUCUCUAAUUUGCUAAUUGAUAAAGUCAGGAUACAGUUGACUUGCCCA